AUGUCCGACCCAUAUCUCCAACAGCCUCCAUACCCGGGAGCUCCAGCCCCAGCAGCUCCCGGUGGCGGGAACGCCGCAUACUAUGCGCCCCCGGACAGCGUCUACCAGAACCCGCCGUACGACUACGAUCCCCACCAGCAGCCCUACGCGCAGCAGGAGGGCCCACCCUACGACUACAAUAACCAUCACCAGUACGGCUCGCAGUACGAUCUGUCGCAGAACAGCGCCGUCCCCAGAUCCUAUCCUCCGCCUGUCCUCCCGCCUCCCCCGAUGCCCCAGCCAACGGAGUAUCUGAGCCCCGUGUCAGCAGAGUAUCCGCCGCCGCCGGGUAGUCUUCAUCGAACGGGAAGUAAUGCGGAUUAUUACGACCAGCACCCUUCCGAUCCCAACUUAACCAACCAAGAGCACAACGGCAACAACAAGCCCGAAGACGCAGACCGAAGCGCCGCCCCCGACGGGGCCGACGAAAGCGAACGUAACCUCAGCGGCGCAUUACUCGGUGGCGCGACGGGCUACUACCUCGGCCAUAAGAAGAGCCAUGGGUUCUUAGGCGCCGUGGGCGGGGCCUUGUUAGGCAAUUAUCUUGGCGAUAAGAUGAGUGAAAGUGGUGGUGGAGAGGGUGAUGAUGACGAUGCGCGCUCAUCGCAGCAUUCUGAUGUAGCCAUGGACAUCAUCAUCACCACCAUCACCAUCAUCAUGAUGGACACCAUGGACAUCAGCGACAUCGGAGUCGGUCGAGACAUAGUAGUCAUAGUCAUGGGGGGAGUGAUGCGUGGUAAGGGAUGUUGGGAUCGGGUUGGGUUGACAGUUACAAGGGUGGACACUAAUUUGAAUGAUGGUGGAAGGGUUAUGAUGACGACUUUAUGA